AUGAGCAGCUCAGGGGCGGGUGUCAGCCCAGGAGACGCCGCCGCCACCGCACUUCCGUCGCCGGCCCAGGCGGUCGAGUUCCUGACCCUGCUGCAGCAGCUCAAGGCGCAAAAGCGGACGGGGUGGGUGAAGCGCGGGGUUCGGGGCCCCGAGAGCAUCGCGGACCACAUGUACCGCAUGGGCCUGAUGGCCAUGCUGGUGCAGGGCACAGAGUACGACUACCACAGGUGCAUCAAGCUGGCGCUGGUGCACGAUGUGGCGGAGGCGAUCGUGGGCGACAUCACCCCCACCUGCGGCGUCAGCGACGAGGACAAGUUCAGGCUGGAGGCGGGGGCGGUGCAGAGGAUGCGGGGCAUGCUGGGAGGCAGCAGCAGCCUGGCAGGCAAGGAGAUUGAGCUGCUGUGGCAAGAGUAUGAGCAGGCACAGACGCCCGAGGCGCGGCUGGUCAAGGACUUUGACAAGCUGGAGAUGAUACUCCAGGCGCACGAGUACGAGUGUGGGCAGGGGAUGCAGCUGCAGGAGUUUUUUGACUCCACCGCGGGCAAGUGGCGCACAGAGCUAGGGCAGUCGUGGGCCGAAGAGAUCUACAAGCGGCGGAAAGCGACUGCGGCAGCACAAGGCAAGGAGGGAUAG